CUAAAAUGUUGUGUGUUUCUCAAACAGAAAGUAAUUGCCUUGAGAAAUCAAGAGUAUAACUUUCUUUGACUUUCAAGACAUAUUACAUAGCAAGCAUUGAUUUAGAAAGAUACAGCAUUUAGAAAGUGAUGAACAAAUACCAUUGCCAGACAUGCUGAUAAUAUAGGAGCCAUCUUAACAGAACCUUAAAUCACAAUCUACGAUAAAUAUUUAGGACCCAACAUGGCAUCUAGACCAAAAUCUGCAAUUCCCAACAGGAGCAGGAGUCGAAGCUCAAGUCGGGAAGGAUCAAAAUCACGAGCUGGAAGCAAAGGUAAAGAUAAAAAAGGCAAAAAGAAAAAAGAGAAGCCACUUACUCCAAAACAAAUGAAAAAACUAAUUGCUGAACAAGUAAAAGAACUUGAAGAACUAAGAGUUAGUGUUGCGAAUUUGACAACAGAAAACACAGACCUUAAAGAGAAACUAGAGCUGAUAAUAAGAAAACUUGUGAACAAUAUUGAUGUUGAACAAUUUGAGAUUGAAAAAACGACACCUACUACAGAAAUCAAAAUGGACACAAUCAUUGACAUGAUGACGAAGUUGAUAACGAGGUUUAACUAUAGGGGGCGCAUGGAGACAAGAAUUGAGGAGCUAGAGAGUAAAUUAACUCACCAGAACAAUCAAGUGGCCAGAUUGGUGCAAAGGAACUUAGCAAUAGAGAAUGGACUAUGUGAAAUGUCACUGUGUUAUGACUUUGAUGAAUUACAUAGGAGAAUCAGUCACUUACAGUUAGAGACAUCUGAGGCUUUGACACCUUUAGGUGAUGCAAUAUACCACCCCUCCUCUCCCCGCCGCCCCACAGGCCAUCUAGUGAAUACUGCAAUAGAGGGACGCACCCCCCAAGUACAGGAAGACCUGGAGACAUUCUUACUCACUCCUCCAUCAAGAAGGUUGCCAGGGGAUACCCACAUCACUAACAUCUACAGGGAACUUAAGCUGUACUUGAUGAAGGAACUGAGCCUUGAAAAAUCAUCAGGUGCAGAUUGGCGUAUGUUAGCUCAACGUGUAAUGAUUCCUGAUGACACUAUUAACUAUUGGGUUAGUCUCCAAAUGGAGUUCCCGAUGGGACGUGUAUUUGCCGAGUGGGGUGAGAGUGAGGAUGCAACAGUUCGAAUACUACACAGACAUUUACAGUCCCCACAAAUGAGACUUGUAUUGCUAGCCAAACGAAUAUCAGAUUUCUACGAUGUAGACUAGAAUGAAUAAAGGUGGAGUAGCAUGUUAAACAGCUGAUAGAUGGCGCUUCUGCCUCAAUGAUGAUGAUGAUGAUGAGAAUAACAUCAAAAGUGAAAUAUUUGUAUUAGAGGAGGACCAGAAAAUCCUGGAAGGACCAAGGAACUGUUUACCCUAAACUAAUCUGAAAUUGAAAAAAAUUCUAAAUUACUUUCCCAGAAUUAGGUGCUGCAGCCUUUUGAACAUUAAAAAUGACAAACAACCUGUGUUUAAAAUACAUCACAAGGAUGCAAUAUGGAUAUAUUUUGACUAAAACAGGAAAAAUUUCCAUUUACAGAAAAAUCCUAGGAAGUUCACUGUUAUAAUGGACAUACAAUUAGGUUGUGUAACCCAAGAUAAGAUGAAUUAACUCACUGCAUUUCAGCCCAGCAUUUACUUUCUGAAAUAGGUUAAUCUUGCUAGAUUAAAGGCUAGACUUAUAUUGAGAACACUAAGCCAUAUGGUACUCAAUCAGACUGAUCCUGAAGUGACAUCCUUGACUGAAAAAAUUUUUUUUCAUACAUUAUUCACUUAUCCACUGGUAAUUGCUCAUACACUUAACAUGGCCCACAAGAAACAUGGAAUGGGAUGUGGGAAUCGGAAAUCCAUUGAGCCCAUGUGUAGAUGCAGUGCAUUCUUUAACCCAUUUCUAAGCAAUACUGGAUUCAUAUCUGUGAUUUUGCUUGACAAUGGGCAUUGUAUUAUAAUGUAUUAAUCAAAAUGAACAAAGUUCAGCAUUAUGUAUGUUUUGUUAUGCUGUAGUUGUACUUAUGUCAUGUAGAUGUAUGUAGUAAAUGUUGAUGUCAGAAAGACAUGUAAAUAUGAUACCCAAAUGUCUUUAUUCUGAUGCUGUGAUGGUAAUUCUUACGACAGCUUCAUAUACUGUAAACCAAGAAAAUAAUUUUUGAUUUAUUUUCACAAUUUUAAUGAUUUUCCUCAAAUUAGCAACAAAUGUUUGCGCUUUCAAGAAAAUAUGGAAAGUAACAACUUUUGCUGUUGUUAUAACAAGCGUAAUGGCUAAAUAUGAUUUAUGUUUAAAAAAUAUAAAUCAGAUGAUUUAUCUGUGUGAAAAUGAUGCCAUUGUGAAAUUUUCAAAAAAUAUCUGAAGCAAAAAUGUCUGCUCGAGAAAUUCUGUAUUUGAACGAGAACUGACCAAUCAGAGGGCUUCAUUUUACAGAUCA